AUGGAUUUUUUCCAUUUGCCCGACGCGGAAUUAAAAUCUGCUGAUGAUUUCAUCAGUCACGUAUCCUCUAACUUCUCCAUGAGCAAAGAUGAAUGGCGGCGGAAGUUUUGCGAUGCAUGUGUUGGCGGACAGGUGGAUUCCGUCGUCUUCAAGGGUGUCCUAGAUAUUUUCCGUUAUGAUUGUUUUUCGGCGGAUAGAUUCCGAAUGAAAAAAGCGAAAAUGCUUUUUCUUACGAAGCUUUUCGAGUUUUUGAUUGCUGGCGAUUCUGGCAUCCAGAAUCUCGGCAGAAAACGUAUGUUCUGA